UUCCUUCUGGCCAUCGGAAGCGUUUAUUCCUCCCUCUAUUUGUGCGAGUCUCCGAGCUCAGAUUUCAUUUGUACGCAUAAUAGUGAGAAAUUGAGAGAGAGAGAGAGAGAGAGAGAGGUCGUUAGAAGCGGAGCAUUUCUCGCAACCUGAGAUCCUCAAUUUUGAAGCUCUUUUAUGAUGGCUACUGCAACAGCUGGUCCACGUUAUGCUCCAGAGGACCCGACUCUUCCCAAACCUUGGAGAGGCCUGGUUGAUGGUAAAACAGGUUUCCUUUACUUUUGGAAUCCAGAGACCAAUGUCACUCAGUAUGAGAGGCCUGUUGCAUCUUCACAGUCAGAUUCAGCCCCAUCAAGGAAGCUGCAUUCAGCAUCCAUAAGUUCUUCUGUUCAAGUUCAACAAUCUUCUCAAGGACAUCGUGACAGUGGAUACAAUGACGAUGAUUAUAAAUAUAGCAAUGGUGGAUCAAAACAUGCUUCAGGAACAAGGAGUUACCAGAGUGGAAAGGGUGGAUCAGAUCAUUUGCACAUUGUUCCUAAUGGGGAAAUAGAUGCUGGGCAUGGGGCAUCUUCUGGCAAGGGUUAUGGGUCUUCAGGUGGAAAUGGUGUAUCUGCAGACGCUUAUCGCCAUCGGCAUGAAAUAACAGUUACUGGAGAUAAUGUGCCCCCUCCUUUCACAUCAUUUGAAGCUACUGGUUUUCCUUCAGAGAUUCUUAGAGAGGUACAACAAGCUGGGUUCUCUGCUCCUACUCCAAUACAGGCACAGUCAUGGCCACUUGCUCUUCAAAGUCGCGACAUUGUAGCCAUUGCAAAGACAGGUUCAGGGAAAACAUUGGGAUACUUGGUACCAGGAUUUAUUCAUCUCAAGCGCUGCCGCAAGAAUCCCCAACUGGGUCCAACUGUUUUGGUUUUGUCACCGACAAGGGAGUUGGCCACACAAAUUCAGGAUGAAGCUGUGAAGUUUGGAAAAUCAUCAAGAAUAUCUUGCACGUGUUUGUAUGGAGGAGCACCGAAGGCACCCCAAUUAAGAGAGUUAGACAGAGGUGUGGAUAUUGUGGUUGCCACUCCUGGCCGCCUGAAUGAUAUUUUGGAGAUGAAACGAGUGAGCCUCCGUCAAGUCUCUUAUUUGGUGUUAGAUGAGGCAGACCGGAUGCUGGACAUGGGUUUUGAACCACAGAUUCGGAAGAUUGUGAAGGAGGUGCCUAGCCGCCGCCAGACUCUAAUGUACACAGCAACAUGGCCCAAGGAGGUUCGCAAAAUUGCAGCUGAUCUACUGGUCAAUCCUGUGCAGGUUAACAUUGGGAAUGUUGAUGAACUUGUUGCCAACAAGGCUAUCACCCAGCAUGUUGAAGUUUUGGCACCUAUGGAGAAACAGAGGCGCCUCGAGCAGAUACUGCGAUCCCAAGAACCGGGGUCUAAGAUCAUUGUCUUUUGUUCAACCAAGAAGAUGUGCGAUCAACUUGCUCGUACCUUGACCCGACAGUUUGGAGCUGCUGCCAUUCAUGGAGAUAAAUCUCAGAGUGAGAGGGAUUACGUGUUGAAUCAGUUCCGCUCUGGGAGAUCCCCAGUGCUUGUAGCUACUGAUGUUGCAGCUCGUGGAUUAGACAUCAAAGAUAUCAGGGUGGUCAUCAAUUAUGACUUCCCCACAGGAGUAGAGGACUAUGUUCACAGGAUUGGAAGGACUGGGAGGGCAGGUGCCACUGGAAUUGCUUACACAUUUUUCUUGGACCAAGAUGCAAAGCAUGCAUCUGAACUCGUUAAAAUUUUGGAAGGAUCAAAUCAGCGUGUCCCAGUUGAACUUCGUGGUAUGGCUUCACGUGGUGGUGGAAUGGGCAGGGCUAGACGUCCUUGGGGUUCUAGCUCCAGUAGUGGACGUGAUUCAGGCCGUGGUGGGCGUAAUGACUCAGGUUAUGGUGGAAGGGGCAGUUGGGGAGUUACAGAAAAAGGUGGUGGUCGUGGAUCUGACCGUGACUACAGGGACAGUGAAAGGUAUGGACGUAGUUUCAAUGGUGAUGGGGAUGGUGCUGGUGCUGGCAGUUAUCAUCAUAGGAGCUUCCAUGAAAAGAUGGUUCGUGGAGGAGAUGGAGCACGAGCUCGCAGCCGGAGUAGAAGCCGAAGUCGAAGUCCAACCAAGGGUUCAGGAUGGGGCAACUACCAGAGCAGGGCUAAGAGCCCGAGCCAUAGUGUUGAAAGGGCUCGUGAAAGGUCACCUGUGCGUAGUUUUCACAAGUACAUGAUGGGGCAGGCUCAAUCUCCCCAGCCAUCCCAACGUAAACAGGUGUCAUCUUACGGGAGUGAUGCAUCGAGGGAGCUCACAAGUUCUGGAUGGGGACCGCGCUCUCCUGCUGCAGAUGGCCAGGGGAAGCAAGGCCUUGGGGAAUCCUAUGGUGAUUCUCCCCCAAGGGAGCAGAGAAGAUCACCAAGCGGUGGACUGGAGAAUGAAGGCGGCUAUGCCAAUGCCAAUGGGGGAUCCUCCUACUAUGGGGAGGAGGAAGAGGAGGAAGGCAUGAUUCCAGCAGAUGAGGAAGAAGGCGUGAUACCUCCUCAGGUUGAAGACAGCGGUGUGGUAGAAGGAGCAGCAGAUUAGAAUUAGAAUCUAAUAACCUGCUUCCUAAAAUCAUAUCUCAUCUCUGUGCCUUUGACAUUGGCGCGCCAAUGCAAAUAUUACUGUUAAAACUUUGAAUUUUUUGUGGGGGUUAGGUUGGUUGGUUGUUUAGUUGGGUUUAUAGUAGUAUAGUGGUGCCUGGUGGAUGGUGUAUUAAACAGGGAGGGGAGGGCUAAGCGAGAAUUUUGAAGUUUGGCCUUGGUGUUUUAAGCUGGGAAGUUUUGGUAUUAUAGACGUUUGUUUUGAUAUUAACCAGUAUUAAACUGGUCUGGGACAGGAAUUCUUGUUCGUUAUUUGAUGUGUGACAUCAAAUCUGACAACUGAUUCUACAUGCAUUGAACAGUACACUGUUGUUUAGUA